AUGUAUGGUACAUACAAAACAAGCUCAAAGCUUCGCAUUCAAGUGACACAUUUUGACUCAUUGAUGACGCGGUGCAUUGCGACAGGAGCACUUCCGAUCACAACAUUAUACCCGGAGAGAGAAGUGGUGAAGAGUGUUCACUGGCUUGAGUUUUAUGGGAGUGGAUAUAUGAAAGAGCGUAUCACCGCGAAGAUCAUAUCGUCGUUUGAGUUGUGUGACCCAAAGUUUCUUAACAACUUGCGUGCGUCCAUCUUGAAAAAGCGAAAGGAAGUGUUUGACAUGUUGCGACUGAAUUCGUACUUGCAGUACAAAAAGUCUGAAGAGCGAAAAGAGAAUUACUUGACUAUAUUUCUAGCGGAAUGUGGGUUGAAAAAACACCAGACAAACGCGGGGUUGGAGGUGCGAAGAUUGGUGGAGGAGAUGGACAAUUUCGUGUUAAAUUUUCUGUUUGUAGCUGGCUGCAACGAAUUCUUCAAUUCACCUUUACGAAUAGCUGUUGGCGAAAUCACAAAGAGGAACUUCUUCUUCAAGAAGUGUAAAAAGGAGAAGGGAGCCUACAUCGAGAGUUUUAACUUGGGUCUUCUUUUCAACGACCCCGUCAUCUCUGCCACUUGUCCCUGUCAAGUCCAAUGUAAUUGA